CAACCACUGAAAAACAUACAACUAAAACUUACUGAGAAGAACGAGCUACAUCAGCCAGCAUGAAGACAAUAUUUGUUAUCGCUUUUCUUGUUGUGGCUCUUUGCCUGGUCUCUGAGGCUGUGCAAGUACAGGAAGGUGAAUUUUCCUUUUCAUUGGAAUCGGUGAAAGUUCUCCAGGAAUUGACCAACCAACUUCGAACACAAAACCCCCGUCUGGCCAAGACAAGCUACUCUUCUGUAUGUGCCAAUCCAAACCUGCCAAAGGAGUUUGUGCCCCUGUGCAUGCAGAGAGGCCCCACGAUGUCCUUUGCUAGACUAGCUUCAGUGCCUCUGGAUGUGUGUGAAAUCUGUGCUUUUGCUGCUUGUACUGGGUGCUAAUCCUGGUCAGUGCCUCCUUGCUUAUUCAAAAUCCACAUAUUUUCAUUAAACGUUCUCAGAGUUAAGCACUCAUCACUGAACAAAUACCUGGUACUAAUAUAUACUGACUAUAUGAUCAUUGUGAAUGCUUUAACAGCCUAAAUGACUCAAAAUGGCAGGUGACUGUUUUUGAACUGUUACUGUUUUGAAAUUUACUCUUUCACUUCCCUCAUGUUUUAUUUUG